AUGGUCUCAUUUGAGGACCCAACCGUGCUUGCUGAUUUCACGGAUUCUCAGCUUGCAAUACCGACGCCUUUCAAGAUUGAUUCGGCGGGACGACCAGUGUAUCAAUCCCAUAAUGACUUCGGGCCACUCAAAAGCCUGAGGAGUAUACCACAGCUUGUCGACUUUGGCUUGGCAACCAGACUCGAGGAAGACGACGACUGGGGCGUUUGGCCAAUUCAGUCAGACCACUAUCGGGCACCAGAGGUGAUACUGGGUAAUGGAUGGCAAAUGCCUGCGGAUAUUUGGAAUCUUGGAGUUCUGUUGUGGGAUAUGAUUGAUGGCAAAGAGCUAUUUCGGCAUAUUCAUGAUAAAGAAGGUCGCUACGAUGCUAGACUGCACAUCGCCGAAAUGAUAGCCCUACUCGGUCCACCUCCUCCAGAGGUCAUACAAAGGUAUCAAUAUAUGCGAGAGUACUCGUGGCCGAAACCUGUCAAACGAGAAGAUGGCAGAGUAUGCGAGACCGCGGAGGAGUACUUCUGUGGGCCAUUCUUUGACGAAAAAGGUUGCUUCCUCUACGAAAACCUGAUCCCCAACCGCAAACUAAGCGAUACAGCUUCAUUCCUUGGGGGAGAGGAGAAGGAAACGUUUUUGGACCUCGCCAAGAGAAUGCUUGUCUGGCACCCAGAUGCGAGAGAAACGGCCGGCGAACUGGCUGGGCACCCUUUCCUUCAACCAAAGCAUACAAUCGCCUGA